UUAGUCUUAUGGACUGUAAUUUGUUUAGGGGUAGAAAAAUGGAAGUAUUUGGGUUUAGGAAGAAAUGAAUGGGAACUAGAGACAGUCCAAAUUAGCGUGUGUCAAUCUCCCUCAUCUCUUGUUCUCCUGGUUUUUUUAAUUAAUACGGGUUAACCUUUCUAUAUUAUUAUUUGAAUUUGUUUGAGGAUUUCUAACAUCUUUUUUUUAGAUAAAUCGAAAGCAAAUGAGUAUUCUCUUAAAUAUGCUAAAGAAUUCUCGAACAUUUGUUUCUUCUCCUUGCAAAACUAGUCGAAUGGGCGAUGGAAGUGGAGGAGGUUAUUCUGCUCAUGAUUUGGUUAGAGUACCACCGCCGCAGAGCGUUCCUUAUGGACCUUUCUUUUCAAAAUUGAAGAAAUUAACUAUUACUUCACAGGUUUGA